AAAUAUACAAUACACAAUAUAAUACUCAAGAUGUCAUGCAUGAACUCAUUUUUAACAAGGUCAAUUGCAAGUUGUCUAUAUACACAAAAAAUUGCCAAUAUGACUUGAACAUAUUUAUCAUUAUUUUAAGCUAGUCUAAAACUGAUAGACAGUUGAAUAGCAUUUAUUGUGAGAAGUAUAAUACAAAUUAGCAAUGCAACAAUGUGUGUAAAACUCUAAGAGAAAAAAUCAAAACAAUUGCAAUUUGUUGCUAGAUCCCCAAUGAAAAACACAGUAUUACUUACACAGUGGGAGAAGGCAGUGGCGUAGCCAGACCUUCAUUUUUGGGGGGGCCAAGCGAACGCCGAAGGCGCGAGACCAUCUAUGGAGGUCAGGGGGCAUGCACCCCCGUGAAAAUUUUGAAAUUUAGAGUCCCUGAAAUGUGAUUUCAAGCAUUUUGGGGGUGAAAUCUUGCAGAAUUCCGAAGAUUAUAAAGUACGCUCUAGGGGGGUUCGGGGGCAUGCACCCCAGGGAAAAUGUUAAAAUUUAGAGUCCCUGAAAUGUGAUUUCAAGCAUUUUGGGGUUGAAAUCUUGCAGAAUUCCGAAGAUUAUAAAGUACGCUCUAGGGGGGUUCGGGGGCAUGCACCCCAGGGAAAAUUUUAAAAUUUAGAGUCCCUGAAAUGUGAUUUCAAGCAUUUUGGGGGUGAAAUCUUGCAGAAUCCCGAAGAUUAUAAAGUACGUCGAAGACAUAAAUUUUCCCCGACAUUUCUAAGUUUCUACUCGCUUUUAUAUAUGAUACAGAAUAAGUCUGAGAAGAAUAUUCAUGUUAUCAUAAUGCAUAUACAUGUAAAUCUAAACUAAAUCUAUUCCUCUUGGAACCAUAUCUACAACUGUUUUAACGAGAUUUUAGAAAUCAAGUUCUUCCAGUAUUUCGUCGUUUUCCUCAGUCGAGACGUACUUAAUCCGUUUCAGCUUCGAGGAUGUAACGUGUACCCCCCCCCCCCUCCCAUUUCUCUACGGAUUUAGCCUUUUUCAGAGAAUAGUUUUUUUGCGAUUGGGGGGGCGACCGCCCCCCCUUGCCCCCCCUUGGCUACGCCCCUGGGAGAAGGCAGUAAACAGAGUAGACAGCAACAAAAAUCAGUGGAAGGCAAAAAGCUUUAGCAGCAUCUGCAGUAACCACUUCACAGUUUCCAACUACACAGCAACAAAAAUUGGAUCAAUUAUCUUGAAAAAAGAUGCAGUGCCAACCCGGGCACUCACUGGUGCUAACACAUCACAAGUGAUGGGGAUGGAUAAACCUUCACUAAAACGACGCUGUUUGGAAGUUGACCAGUCUUCGACCCAAAUUGUUAUGCAUGACCAUACUUAUGCCAAGCCUCAAGAAUCUUUGCCAAUCACACAGUCUUCACACAUCCUUCAGUCUUUGCCAAUCCCACAGUCUUCACAGAGAUCUUCGCACAUCCUGCAGUCUUUGCCAAUCCCAGAGUCCCAAGUCCCAAAGCCUUCACACAUCCUGCAGUCUAUGCAUGUCCCACAACCUGUACCUUUGGUCGAACCUGAAAAAGAAAAUAACAACACACAGUCUGGGCAAUACAAUAAUGAUCCACGGCUGAAGCGAAAGAUAAAAGCAUUACAGCAAAAGCUAAGAAGAAGAGAAAUGAAAGCCAGAAACAUGAAGCAGUUAAUAAACACGCUUAAGAAAAAACUAUUAAUCAAACAAGACGAGGCUGAGCUACUACACCAUAAUUUCAAUGGACUGAAUCUGUCGUUAUUUAACAAUGUCAUGAAGAAUAAGGCCCAAACAUGUGGUAGAAGAUACACUGAUCAGAUUAAAGAGUUUGCAGUUACAGUACAUUUUUACUCACCCAAAGCAUAUAAUUUUGUUAGGACCAUCAUACCACUACCUGCUCCCUCGAUGAUAAAAAGCUGGGCAAGUUCCGUGAAAUGCAAUCCGGGAUUCAUCACAGAGGCAUUUGAAAUACUAAAACAUGAAAUAAAAGACCACCCAGAAAAGAAGGACUGCUCUCUGGUGUUUGAUGCCAUGGCUAUAAGAAAGCAAACUCUGUGGGAUCCGAGAACAGAUUCGUAUGUGGGUUUUGUCGAUUAUGGUGACUCGCUCACAGAAUUACCGGUAUCAAAUGUCCUAGCAUCUGAAGCACUGGUAUUUGCUCUGGUAGGUUUACGCAGCCAUUGGAAAUGCCCGAUAGCCUAUUUCCUAAUUGAUAAGAUUUCUGCAACCAUCCAAGCUCAACUUCUUCGCAAAGCAUUAAUCAAGACGGCAGAGAUUGUUCUCAAAGUGUGGUGUCUUACCUCUGAUGGCACCUCUUCCAAUGUAGCUACGUUCAAGCUUCUGGGAUGCAUAUUUAGAUUGGCAUACAAAUCCAUGGUAACGAAGUUCAAACAUCCAACACUUGAUUAUGAUGUUUUUGUCAUGUUGGAUCCGUGCCAUAUGUUGAAGCUAGCAAGAAAUACCCUGGCAAGCCUUGGAUCCCUCUCCAUUGAAGAAAUUUGCUGGAAAUUUAUUCAAAACCUGAAUGACGUUCAACAAAAUCAUGGAAUGAAGCUCGCCAACAAGCUAUCAACAAGUCAUAUCAAGUAUGAAACACACAAGAUGAAAGUCGACCUUGCUGCACAGACGCUCAGCUCUUCUGUUGCCGAUGCCAUUGAUUUUCUCAACAUAGUGGAAAAGGAUGAACAAUUCCAAGACAGCGAAGCCACAGUCACCUUCAUCCGCACUGUUGAUAAAGUAUUCGAUAUCCUCAACUCAAGGAAUCCCUUGGGAAAGGGAAGCAAGCAGCCAUUGAAGUUGGCGAACAAGCUAAAAUGGGAAGCAGAGCUGAUAAUGAUUGCAAAUUAUCUCCUUUCAUUAAAGUCAAGAGAUGGCCAAUUGCUUAUCUCCCACAAGAGAAAAACCUUCAUUCUUGGCUUCGUCACAUGCAUCAAAUCCAACAUUGAGAUGGCCACAACAAUGCUGACACAAGAUAUAGAUCCUUUCAAAUAUCUCCUCACUUACAAGUUUUCACAGGAUCACAUCGAGAUUCUUUUUUCCUGCAUCCGAGCCAGAGGUGGAUGGAACAACAACCCAAAUUGUCUUCAGCUACAGUAUACACUCCGAAGAAUGCUGCUAAGAAAUUCCAUCAGCGCUUCAAAAUAUGCCAAUUGCCAGAUCCUAGAUCAGCACUCGGUUGUGCCAAUCCUACACAGAAGAAAACAUGCAUCUCCCUUAAAAGAGAAACCUGCCCCACCAGUGGUCGAUGAUGAAGACAACACUGAUUUAAGUAACAUGGAGUACCUGCAAGAAGCAGAACACUCAGAGUUUACCAUGUAUGUCCUACAUUACAUCUGCGGAUAUAUUGUGUCAAAGCUGGCUAAAUCAAUAUCCUGUUCCCAAUGUAUCGAGGAAAUCACUGCUUCACCUAAUCAGAGCCAAGAGAGAUCUGAUCAUGACUACUGCCGCAGAAAAAGUGCAGACGACAUGUAUGACAAAGCUGCAACAUUCACCAAUUUUGUCAACAGAGGCGGUCUACAUGUUCCAUGA